GAUUCCAAAGAUUGAGUUAGACGAAAAGAAAAACCGGAAAAUAGGCACAUUUCGCAAACAAAAAAAAAGACACAAUUUGACCUCCAACCCGGUACCUUGUAGCGGUCGGCCCGGCGAGUGCGUAUGGCUCGUUUUUCUUACCGGAUCAGGGUCAAAGUGGGUUGGCCCGCGGGUCAACCCACGGGUUGACAACCUUGGUUGCCGGUGUUUUGUUUAACGGACUACUGGGCUUUGGCUACUUAUCAUAAUUUGGGGGCCCAUAGGGCCAAUUAUUAGGCCCACACCCACGAGAGAGCUGACUGGAUACGCCUCUUCUUCAUUCUUCUUUUCACCCCGAAUACGCAGAUCCUGACCAGCAGCAGCUAAGCAGAGCCGCCGCGGUUUUACCCAAAUCAGGGGCAAAAUCUCAACAUAACAUACGCCAGCAGAGACUUCUACUCCGCCACCGCAGUCGUCGUCUCCUUUACCAUUUCGGCUGGAAGAGAAUCCCAAAUGGGGGCGGGUCGAGAAGUGUCGAUAUCCUUAGAUGGCGUGCGGGACAAGAACGUGAUGCAGCUCAAGAAGCUCAACUCCGUCCUUUUCCCCGUCCGUUACAAUGACAAGUACUAUUCCGACGCUCUCGCUUCCGGUGACUUCACCAAACUCGCAUAUUACAGUGAUAUCUGCGUUGGUGCCAUCGCAUGUCGCCUAGAGAAGAAGGAAGGCGGGGUUGUCUGUGUUUACAUUAUGACCUUGGGCGUGUUAGCUCCAUAUCGUGGGCUAGGCAUUGGGACGAAACUGUUGAAUCACGUUCUUGAUCUCUGCUCGAAGCAGAACGUUCCAGAGAUAUACUUGCAUGUGCAGACAAACAAUGAAGAUGCUAUCAACUUCUACAAGAAGUUUGGGUUCGAGAUCACGGAGACCAUCCAGAAUUACUACACAAACAUUACACCACCAGACUGCUAUGUUGUGAAAAAAUUUGUUACUCAGACAAAGAAAUGACAUGGAUGAUGGGAUUAUAGCUAGUUGGCAUCUCUCAGCAGUAAAUUUUUAGUUUUUGAGUUUUGUAUCUUGUUAUUGAGGGGUUCUGGUAUCGGUUUGCCAUUGUUGAAGGUUCAUUAUUAGCUGUUACUCGAGUCAUUAUAGUGCUAGAAGAAGCCCUUUUGAAAAUUUUGUAUUUUUUGUAUCGUUCAAGUGGAUCAUUUUGAUUGUCGAUUUUCGGUACUUUAGUCAUUCAAAGAGAUUUUUCUAUUCAACCGUACUGCUUUCAGGAUUGUGGUAUUUUGCUUGUUUGGAUCACAGUUAAAUCAUUUGGA